UCUCCGCUGUGUGCGCUCUGGAAAAGUCACUUAGUAGACGAAGCGGAGUUCAUAGACUGGACUGACUCUUGACAUAUUAAAAACUGUAACUUUAAUUACGACAAAUGGAUGACUCCGGUUGAUAUUUUAGCCGCGGAACCGUUAUUUUUUUUUGUAAAAGACGAGCGCGCGCUAGUCCAGUAGAGGUCGGUUAAAAGUCGACCGCUUCACUUUUGAUUCAUGGACUCAACACGGACCGUAGCUGAAAGGACUUCUGUCAAAAGGCGUUUACAAGGUUGACUUUAUUCAUUGAAUAAAAAGACUAAGGGAACAUGAAGUUGUCUUUGGACAGCAUGGGCACCCUGAAGAUUGUGCUGUUCUUCUUUGAGGCUUUUCUGCUGACCAAUUGUGCACGAGCACACACUGCAAUCAACCCCUGUGAGCUCCUGAGGAAACACUCAAAGGGAGGAAUGUGUCAGACUUCAUCCCUCCAUGGGGAAAGAAAGGAAAAGGCUGUUGCUGUGAUAAGUAGUCAUAAUGGAGGACCUCCAAGAGUGUCAGAGAAGGUUGCUCACAGACAGACAGCCAGGCUGGGAAGUGCCAUCAAGCUGCCCUGUCCGGUAGAAGGAGAUCCCCCACCCCUCAUAAUGUGGACCAAAGAUGGGCGCAAUAUCCAUAGUGGCUGGAUCCGUUUCCGCAUCCUGCGUAUGGGCCUUAAAAUCAAGGAGGUAGAAGCAGAUGACACAGGGACCUACAUCUGCAAAGCCACUAAUGGCUUUGGUAGUGUGAACAUCAACUACACACUCAUUGUCAUUGACGACUCAGGCUCUGAUAAAAAAGCACCAGGGGCGCCUGAAGCAGCAGAGUCUGACCUGGGCACUGAUGGCACAUUAGAAAAAUUUGUGCGUCCUCGCUUCACCCACCCUGCUAAAAUGAGAAAAAGAGUUAUCGCUCGUCCUGUGGGCAGCUCAGUGCGCCUAAAAUGCAUGGCCAGUGGAAAUCCUCGACCAGACAUCAUCUGGCUGAAGGACGACAGGCCGCUCACAGAGCAGGAGGUUGGCGAGGGCCGUCAGAAGAAAUGGACUCUAAGUCUGAGGAACCUGAUGCCUGAGCACAGCGGCAGAUACACCUGCAGGGUCUCUAAUCGGGCUGGGGAAAUCAAUGCCACGUACAAAGUUGAAGUUAUACAGAGGACAAACUCAAAGCCUGUUUUGACAGGCACUCACCCAGUCAACACCACAGUGGACUUCGGCGGCACCACGUCAUUCCAGUGCAAAGUGAGGAGUGAUGUGAAGCCAGUCAUUCAGUGGCUCAAGCGAGUUGAAUCUAACGAGGAGAGCCGCUACAACUCCACCAUCGAGGUGGGCGACCACCGAUUUGUUGUGCUGCCUACAGGCGAGGUGUGGUCACGACCCGACGGCUCCUACCUCAACAAGCUGCUCAUUACCCGCGCCAAGGAGGACGAUGCCGGCAUGUACAUCUGCUUAGGCGCCAACACUAUGGGCUACAGCUUCCGCAGCGCCUUCCUCACUGUGCUGCCAGACACGAAGCCCCCCAUCACGCCGGUGUUCUCUCCGGCCUCCAGCUCUCUCCCCUGGCCCGUCAUCAUCGGCAUCCCCGCUGGGAUAGUCUUCAUCUUUGGCACGGUGCUGCUGUGGUUCUGCCAGAGCCGAAAACACUGCCCCCCUCCCAGCCCUCCCACAGCCACCACAGCACAGGUGCUUCAUAGCUCCCACCGGCUGCCGCAUCGAGAGCGGGAUCGAGGCUGCAUGGCUCCGUCCUCCAGCUCCUCCAGCCCGGAGAAAGACUGCAUGAGCUCCAUGAACUAUGAGGAGUACCUGGCACAGCAACAGCUCCUCCUCAGCCAGGGAGGACCAACAAUCCCACCCAAAAUCUACCCUAAAAUCUACACUGACAUUCACACACACACUCACUCCCAUGUGGAUGGCAAAGUACAUCAGCAUCAACACAUUCAUUUCCAGUGUUAGCCCGAGUGCCAAAUAUGACUCUUGAACUGUUACAGUGAGUUAUAAAGCUUCUGAGUGACAUUCACCUGGCAUUACUCUCUUCAGUGGACUUGUCUCAUAGCUGAAGAUUGUCAGGAAAGCAUGAAUAUGGGAAAACAGUGGCCAGUGAUACAUCCAGACUUCCAGAUUUGGUGCUUUUUUUAUACUGUUCAGAUCCUCACACCACUAAAAAUGCAUUGAUCCUUGGUGUGCACUUAAUACAAAAAAGGACAUGGACAUUUUUGCUAUGUGUGAGUUAAUUGCAGCUGUUCAGGCCAGCUGAAAGCUCCUCUUCUGCAGUGUAGCAGAAGAUGGAUAAGUUUUUUCUCUUACUUCUCCAGCUGUUGGAUUGCAGAGGUUGUUUGGUCUGCCUGGAUGAAGAUGGUACUAAAGAUUUACAAAGGGGCUGGUUCUUCACGCUCCUACUCAGGUAGUCCUUUUGUUUGUAAAAGAUGCAUAAUGUUUUGAAUGCAGACCACUAUCUUUGUUACUUUCUUCCAUCCCUCAUUUUAGUCCUCUGUUAAGGUGAAAGAGAGUAGACCGGUAGAACAUUUUUAUGGUGUGCAAACCUUGCCUGAGACUGCAAGGGAUGGAAGAAUUGUGUUUCUGUGUUACCUGAUGUGGUCUUCAUCGACAUUUGAACCUCUAAAGGUAGAUUCCCAUCACCAGUCGGAAGCACGUCGAGUUAAGUAGUGUUCAUUUAGACCUCCACCUUCUCAAACCACAGUUUAUGAAGCUGUAGUCAAUUAUAAUCAAACUGAGUCAUGAGUAUUUAAUUUAUUUUGCUAAAAUAAUGUAUCAAAGUUUAUUUUUCAGAGUAAGGUGUUUUUACAUAUCUAUGUAAUGUUAUUAAAGUAUACUGUUGUUGUUAUGCAUAGUACAUUUUGAGUACUUCGUCAUCCAGUUUAAUCACAUUUAGUUCAUGCCAAUAUUUGAGGUAUUUCUGUAUGUAAUUGGUUGUAUUUGACAAUCUUGUAUGAUAUACUUUGUUCAAGGCUCAAAAACUAAGUCAUCUAAAGCGUGAUGGUUUGGUAGUUUGAUUAAAUGACCUGAAAUGAACAAGUUCCAUGCCUCACAAAUGAAUCUCUGAAACUGUUGAGUGUUCCUCUACGGGUGUCAAAGCCCUUUUGGGUAAAAUAACGGUAACGGUGGCAGGUUACCUGUCCUGGGUACAGACAGGUCAGCUUUCUUCUUUUGAACAAGCUGAAGUAUCUGUGAGGGUGACGCAGAGGGCAGCCAGCAGACGUAACU